UUAGAAAAUUCUUGAUUGAUCGGCAUUGAUUGAUUGAUUGAAACGGACGGAUAGAAGAAACAUAUCUGGAUAUAAUAAUAAUAAUAAUGAUGAACAACAAGGAAAACAAUAUUAUCGAUCUUAAUCAUCAUCAUCAUCAUGGUCAUCGUCGUGAUCAUAAACCACAAAAAACUGUUUAUGAAAAAGGUUAUUUUCGAAUGAUUAUUAAUUUUAUCUUAAAUGAAGAUAAAUUUCGUUCAAAAUUAUUAAAUUUAUCAAUACCAAAACGUUCCGUUAGUUAUGAACAGGCAUUUCCUAAACGUUCGAAAUUCGAACAUUUUGAAUAUAUUGGUUCCGGUUCUUAUGCACAAGUUUAUCGACAUAAAAUUAUUAAUCAACAAUGUGAAGAUAUUUUACAAAAUGAUCCAUUAUUAAUGUCAAAUGAUAGUAUUAUUAAAUUUAUUGAAGUAUUUAGUGAAGGUAUUAUUGAAAAUUUAUUCGGUGUUAAAACAUCAAGUUCAGUAUCAAAUUAUAAAGAUGCUUAUAAUGAAUUUCGUAUAUCGACUAGUCUUUCCUAUCUAAAUAUUGGUAUUCGUUAUACAAAUCUUGGAUAUCAAUGUCCAUUAUUUCCAUAUGUUUAUGGUUGUUAUUUGAUAAAUCAUUCAAUGAUGCCCGAUUAUUUUGAAAUUCCAACAACAAAAACGGAUAAAAAAUCUAAAUGUGUUUUUCGUUUUGAUUAUCGAAAAUUAAUGGAACCACCAUUGAAUGGUGAAAAAAAAGAUGAUGAUAAUAAUGGUGAUGACGAUAAUAAUAAUAACGAUGAUGAUGAUAAUGAUGAUGAUGGAAAUACAAUGAGUGCUGGUCGAAGUAAACAACCAUUAUCAGUUGUAAAAAGAAGAAUCGCACCCGAAGUAGCAGCAAUCAAAAUGGAAGAUUGUGGUCAAUCAUUAUAUGAUCAAAUGGAAAAUUAUCGACCAUUGGAAAUUUUAUCGGUAGCCAAACAAUUAUUAUUGGGCUUUACAAUUGCCGAAAAAUUAUUCGAAUUUGAACAUCGUGAUCUUCAUCUGGGAAAUAUUCUGGUCAAACCAUCACCAUAUGAACAAUUGAUUUAUGUUUAUGAUGAUCAAUUUUUACAGAUGCCAUCUAAUAAUCUAUUGGUCAAAGUGAUUGAUACAACAUUUUCACGUCUAAAAAUCAAAAAUCGAAUUCAUUAUCGAGAUCUAUCACAUUUAUUUGAUGCAAAAGAUUUUGAACAUCGUGUCGAUGCAGAAAAUAACAAUCAGCUUGCACAUCAAAAUGAAACAUAUAAAGCAAUGGCUUCAGAGGUACGAACCGAUUGGAUUGGUUUUUAUCCACGAACAAAUAUGUUUUGGUUAAUUUAUAUAAUUCGAAAAUUUGGUCGAAUAAUGCGUAAACAACAAAAUCAACAACAACGACGAUUUUCAAGUGAAUGGUUUCAAGUACGAUCUAUUCUUAAAUGUUAUAUACAUUCAUUGUUUAAAAUGAAUAAUUUACAAACAUUUUAUCGUAAAGUAAUGAUACGUCCACAAUUCAAUCUAUUAGUACCGAUUCGAAGAAUGGCCAUUGAUGAUACUAGCGAUUCAAAUUUGAAUCAUCAUAAAAAUAAUAGUUCAUUAUCACGUUGUCAUACUAUAUCAACAACAUCAACAAUUGGUGGCAAUGAUGUUGUAGAAGAAUCGAAUAUAGUUAAAAUUGAUCCUAAGCUUUCACGACGACGACGACAAAAAUCACAAUCAACAACAUCGCCAACAAUUAGUAAUCAACAGGCGGCGACAAAAAAAUCUAAAGAAAAAAAUUCCGAUUCCGAUUUAAAUUCAAACGAAAAAAAAAAUAAUGAUAAAUAAAAUGCAUAAUUAAGUUUAU